AAACGGGUUUGGUUUCAACAGAGUAGGAAUCCAAAGCAAAGCUUAAAAAAAAAUAUAUAGUCUUUAGCUCCUACUCUGUUUUUUAAGUCCUAAAGGUUCAAUUCCUCCUACAUCUGUUGCUUCCUGGCUCUGCAAUGAGGCUUGUAGACCUGUUUGUUGUUGCUUCUAUGCCAGUUUUGAAAGUGCUUCUGUUAACUGCACUAGGCUCCUUCCUCGCCAUGGAUAGUGUAGAUGUUCUAGGGGAGAAUGCAAGGAAGCAACUGAAUGCUGUUGUAUUUUUUGUAUUCAAUCCAGCAGUGGUUGGUAGUAACCUCUCCAAGACAGUUAACUUCGAAAGCUUUGUUUCGGUGUGGUUCAUGCCACUCAAUAUCCUGAACACAUUCAUUGUUGGCUCAGCAUUAGGAUGGGUGCUCAUGCAUAUUACAGGAGUUCCUCAGCAUCUGAGGGGCCUUAUAUUGGGUUGCUGUGCAGCAGGAAAUAUGGGACACUUGCCCUUGAUCAUCAUUCCUGCGAUCUGUAAAGAGAAAGGCAGUCCAUUCGGUGAUCCAGGCAUUUGCAAUAGCUAUGGGAUGGCGUAUGCUUCACUCUCUAUGGCGAUAGGAGCCAUUUUUUUGUGGUCUUAUGUAUACAACAUUGUUCGAGUUUACUCUGGUAAGGUCAUUGAAGAAGCACGUAUUGAAGAUGACUCCAAAAGCAAUGAAAAGAUUACUGAGUAUACACCAAAGUCACCAGAAUGGAGUUACUCAGAACCUCUGCUUCUUUCCAAGGAUUGCUCCAUCUCUCUAGAAUGUACUCCUGAAUUGACAUCUUCAGACACCAAGUCAGAGGGAGUUGUGAAGGUACGACGCUUAGAUAGGAUCUGGCAAUUUUUAAGGCUGAUAUCAAGCAAACUCAAUCUCAAGGCUUUAUUUGCCCCAUCAAUUGUAGGAGCUAUUAUAGGAUUCACCGUCGGUAUAGUCCCCAAAUUCCGAAAUCUAGUGAUCGGAAGCAAUGCUCCUCUCCGUGUGGUUCAAGAUUCUGCUUCUCUGCUGGGGGAUGCAGCUAUACCAAUAGUCACCCUGAUAGUGGGAGGAAACCUUAUUAGAGGUUUGAGAGGAUCAGGAAUUCGCCCAUCACUAGUACUCGGAGUUAUAGCUGUACGGUAUGUUCUGCUCCCUCUUUUAGGCAUUGUCAUUGUUAAAGGUGCAAUCCGUUUUGGUCUAGUGAACUCAGAUCCAUUAUACCAAUUCAUUCUUCUGCUACAAUAUACGCUUCCUCCGGCCAUGAACAUAGGCACAAUUACCCAAUUAUUCAGAGCUGGAGAGAGCGAGUGCUCAGUUAUAAUGCUAUGGACAUAUGCCUUGGCAUCAAUUUCGAUCACUCUAUGGUCAACCUUCUUCAUGUGGUUGGUAGCCUGAAGUGACGAACUUACCCAAAAUAAGAGUUAAAGAAAGGACUGGAUUCUUUGACAGAAGUUUAUGUUUGGUUUAUCGACAUUUCACUAUUGUUACAUUAGAAUAACAAAAAGUUAUUACUACACUGUAAGGCUUAAACUAUUAAAUGAUGAUAUAUUCC